GUUAUGCAUCCAGUCUUGAGGCCGGAGCUCACUUGCAUUGAAACACUCCAACCUGACAUUGUUCCUGCACAGCAAGGACCCAGCAUGCUACCUCAGUGUUCAGUGAAUAAGCUGCUAAUACCUCAAGAGGUUACACUGCAUUUCUAAUAAUCCAAAGUUCAGAAAAGCUGUAGGAAUUUGAGAGCCGAUUACUCACUUAAAUACACUGCAGCAGAAAGACGACUUUUACUUCUUUUUGAUUUUUUUUCAGGUUUUUCCAAGGACUGUUUCUGAAACACUUUGGCCAGCAUUUCAUUUGAAGUGAAGCUAUCAUGUAUUAGUUGUUUAGAUGAUAAUGCUACACUUCGAGAGCCGGCAUUCUUAUUUUAUUUUGUAGAUAUUUUAUGUAAUGACAGAGGACUAAUUCAGCAGGUGCUAGAACAAAAUACUCCUUUUUGCACAUCCAAGCUAUUAACAAUAAAAUCAGAGUUUUGGUUGUGCAGAACUAUGGCGUUUGGUGACCUGCUAGAGCUGGUAGGCGGCACAGGACGCUUCCAGAUCGUGCAUGUGACCCUCCUAUGCAUGCCCGUCCUGAUGAUGGCCAGUCACAACCUUUUGCAGAACUUUGUAGCCUCUGUGCCUCAUCACCACUGCAUGGCGCAUGCAAACCUGUCUCAGUCCCAGUUCAGCCCUGAGGAAACACUGCUGAUCACAGUACCGCUAGACCUGACAGGGAAGCCACAGAAGUGCCGGCGUUAUGCUACUCCACAAUGGCACCUCCUAGAUAAGAAUAGGACCUCCAGCUCCGAGGGGCAAGGAGACACAGAUGAUGGUUUGGAUGUUGACCUGCAGGAAUGCGGAGACGGUUGGUUCUAUAACAUGACUGAGAGGAGCUCCACAAUCAUAUCUGAAUGGGAUUUAGUGUGUGAUUUACGCUCUUGGAAGCAAAUGGGACAAACAAUCUACAUGGGAGGUGUGCUCGUGGGAGCUCUUGUCUUUGGAGGACUUUCUGACAGAUAUGGUCGACGCAUCCUGCUGCUCAUAUCUCACCUGUUGAUGGGGGUGUCAGGGACUUGUGCAGCCUUCUCGAGCUCCUUCCCCCUCUUCUGCUUGUUCCGCUUUGGUUGCGGCAUGGCUCUGUCUGGCCUGGCGCUCAACACCUUCUCACUCAUCGUGGAGUGGAUCCCCACACGUGUGCGGACAGUGGUGGGGACAAUAACAGGUUACUCUUACACGGUGGGACAGUUGCUCCUGGCAGUCAUAGCCUACUUCAUCCGAGACUGGAGGUGGUUAACCCUGGCUGUGUCUUUGCCCUUCUAUGUUUUCUUUCUCUACUCAUGGUGGUUUCAUGAAUCUGCAAGAUGGUUAGUCCUGAGUACUCAGUCUGAGCAAGCCAUCAAGAACCUUAAAAGUGUAGCCAAAUUUAAUGGACGCCGGGAAGAGGGUGAAAAAAUCGACAUUAAAAUGGUGCAGGAGUCCAUGAAGAAAGAGAUGUCUGGCUCUAAAGGUUCGCACUCUGGACUUGAUCUGUUCCGCACGCCCACAAUGAGGACGAUGACAAUCUGCCUCAGUGCUGUCUGGUUGUCAACAAGCUUUGCCUACUAUGGUCUUGCUAUGGAUCUGCAAAAGUUUGGGGUGGACAUCUACUUAAUCCAAGUGAUCUUUGGAGCUGUUGACAUCCCUGCUAAAGUCGUCAUAACUGUCGGUAUGAGUUUUAUUGGACGACGUCCAUCACAGUGUGGUGCCCUCAUCAUUGCUGGAGUCACCAUUCUGGUCAACCUGCUGGUACCUUACGAUAAACAUGUUGUACGUACCUGUCUGGCUGUGCUGGGUAAAGGUUGCCUCGCUGCCUCCUUCAACUGCUGCUACCUUUACUCUGGAGAACUGUUCCCCACCAUCAUUCGUCAGAAUGGGAUGGGCUGGGUGUCCAUGAUGGCUCGUGUAGGAGCUAUGGUGGCCCCCAUGGUGCUUCUCGCGGGGGACUACAUACCUUGGCUGCCAGGUUUAAUCUACGGAGGAGCGCCCAUUCUCAGUGGAGUGGCUGCAGUAUUUCUUCCAGAAACACUUGGGUCACCCCUUCCUGACACAAUACAAGAUGUGGAGGACAGGGGAUCUGGAAGAAGGUCCAAAAUGGCACCAAAGGAAGCAAUAAGCUUGCAAGACACACAGUCGAAUCUCCUAAAGCAGGCUGCCUGAGGCCAUCUGUAUUAUACUCCUGACGUUUGUGCUGACAAG